AUGUUGAGACUGGGCAUUUAUUGGUCCAUCGCGAUUAUUGCCUGUACUCUAUGUUGGGUGCAGGCAAAACCUUUGGAAGGCGAAAGUUCUAGGAUGCAGGAGAACAGCGAGGAAAAAAUAAUCGCGUUGCAAAAUCAACAGGCGGACAUCCAGAAGACACUGGAAUCGCAACUGGAAUCACAGACCAAUCUGGAAAAGGAUCAGAGGUCCUUAAUGGAAACUUUUAAGAAAAUCAUCCCCGAAAAUUAUACGGAGAAGCUGGCCAAAAUGGAAGAACAGCAAACAUCCUUACAGGAAACUCUUAACAAAAUUUCAUUUGACUUGGAAACUUCAACGAAAAUUCCUGUUGGCUUUGAGGAGAGACUUAGCCAGAUGGAGGAUUACCAAAAGGCAGUUGGGAGUCAAUUAGAAACUCAGAUCAACUUGGCAAAGGAUCAGAAAUCCCAUCUGGAAGCCUUAAAUAAAUCCAUACCAGAAAGGCUGAUCCAGAUGGAGGAACAGCUAACAUCAUUACAGAAAACGUUAACGUUAAUUCCAGAGGACUUCGAAAGCAGACUGGAAACGAUAGAAACAAAUACGAAGGAUAUUCUGAGCAAGAUGGAGAUUCAACAAGUCAAAAAAAUUAUGGAUCAGAAAACCCAGCUGGAAACUUUGACGAACACCGUCUUGGAAACUUCAAAGAAAAUUCCAGUUGACUUUAAGGAGAGACUGAGCCGGAUGGAGUAUCAUCAAAAGGCAGUUGGGACUCAAUUAGAAACUCAGAUCAUCUUGGCAAAGGAUCAGAAAUCCCAGCUGGAAGCUAUAAAUAAAUACAUACCAGAAAACUUCCAAGAAAGGCUAAUGAAGAUGGAGGAACAGCAAACAUCUUUACAGGAAACAUUAAAGAAAGUUCCAGAGGACUUUAAAAGCAGUCUGGAAACGAUAGAAAAAUAUCAGAAGGAUAUUCUGAGAAAGAUGGAGAUUCAGCAAGUCAGUUUUGACACUCGCAAAAUUAAAAUCUUUACAAAUCAAUUAAUCGCAGUGCAAAAUCAACAGGCGGACAUCCAGAAGUCAAUUAAGGACUUGGUGGAGAGAAGGCAGGUGGAGACUGAGGCACCGAAAACAAUCGUCAUACCUUCUGGAUUUAAGAAGAUUGGAUCCCGCUACUUCUAUAUUGAAGAAGGAAUGGAGAAAAACUGGGCAGAUGCUCAAAUCGCGUGUAGAGAAAAGGGAGGUUACUUAGCAGCUAUCAAAGAUCAAGAGGAAUUUGAUGCCCUUUUACUGAAACUCAGCGAUAGCAAUCGUUACUGGCUGGGCAUUAACGAUAUAAACGAUGAAGAAGUCUAUAUAUCCGAUGCAUCUGGAAAUAAAGCUCCAUUUCUGAAGUGGUUUCCUGGAGAUCCCGACAACAGAGUCUAG